UCAAGACUCGCGGAGGUUUUAACGUUUUGUGACAAUUCUUGCAUAGGUAGUGUAGGACGUAUGGCGUUAGUAUGAUCAGAAUGAAAUUAGAGUCAUAGUUAGAAGGUAGUCUUAAACAUUGUAAAGAUUGUAACACUUGUGCUCCUGUAUUCAAAUCAUUAUUACUUCGUUCCAUAAGUUAUUUAAUUCACAUUUGUAUUUAGUAUCUAAAGCCAUAGACGACCGUUACACAGAGAACAUGGCUACCUUUCGAAUUAAUCAAGAUCAAGAAAAUUGUGGCCCAAAUUUGAGGCAAACCCAAAAGGAACAAUCUCAGCAGCAAAGGAGGCCCGUUUUGGGUGUGAUAAAUAAAAACACAACCCGAAUUCCUUCACAGAAGCCCAAACAGGAAAUUACAUCUCAGGAUGAAAACCUGUGUGCUAAGCAGAAAAGCACAAUACAGAUAGUACAGAAGGCACCAUUUACGAUUCAUGAAGACAAAUUAGUUGAAGAGAAGUCUGUUGUUCUAAGGGAUAGUAAACCUCAAGCAUCAUGUAUAAAUAAUUGCAGAAUAAGACAGUUUGGUUUACCAGCAACUGUAACAAAUCUUCAUCGGCAACCACUACAGGAGAUUAGUAUUAAACAUGAUAUCUUUGAAGAAGAUAGUACAGGUGGUUCCCCAAUGUCUUUGGACAGAUCUGGUAUUCUGGGUACCCCAAUCAAGCAGGGGUCAAAGUCGGCACAGGAAUUGCUUCUGGAUAUUGAUGAAUACAAGGAGGAAAUUUAUCUGUACUUACGUGAGGCAGAGACUCGCCAUCGUCCGAAGCCUGGAUAUAUGAGGAAGCAGCCUGACAUUACAUACGCAAUGCGUUCAAUUCUGGUGGACUGGUUAGUGGAAGUAGCUGAGGAAUAUCGAUUGCAGACUGAGACAUUGUAUCUUGCUGUAUCAUACAUUGAUCGCUUUCUAAGCUUUAUGUCUGUUGUUCGUGCUAAGUUGCAACUUGUUGGCACAGCUGCGAUGUUCAUUGCUGCGAAAUAUGAAGAAAUAUAUCCUCCUGAUGUGAGAGAAUUUGUGUACAUCACUGAUGACACAUACACGAAGAAACAGGUACUGCGAAUGGAGCAUCUAAUUCUUAAAGUUCUUGCAUUUGAUCUCUCAGUUCCAACAACAUUGAGUUUCAUCACAAGCUUUUCAGUUUCUAAUGAUCUUUCAGAAAUGACGAUGUUCCUUGCCAUGUACCUGGGUGAACUGUCACUUCUAGAAGCAGAUCCAUAUUUACAAUAUGUUCCAUCUGAAUUGGCAGCUGCGUGCAUAGCGCUUGCACGACACACACUAGAUCAAGAAGCGUGGCCCGAAGAUUUAGAAAAGUCAACUAAAUACAAGUUUGAGGAUUUAAAAUCUUGUAUUUCUCAUUUGAAUCAGACCUAUUCAAAUGCGAGUGUGCAUCCUCAGCAAGCAAUCAGGGAAAAAUACAAGGCUAAUAGGUGGCAUAAUGUUUCGUUAAUGACUCCACGUACACCAGCAUUAUGCUGACUGCAACCAUUGCAUCGUUGCACACUAAUAGGAAUUACGUAGUAAGACGCCGUGGUUUGGAGGAGAGAAAUUGUCUGCUACAUUACAAUCGGUAGAGUAUAACACUUGUGAUUGUCACCUGAAGCAACUGAGUUUUUUUUAAUAUCUUUUCUUGACUGACAUCUUGUACACAUGUUCCAAUGAGAUUGAUACAUGCAAGAGUUAUUUUUUUGUCUUAUAUUGUAUGUAUGUAUGUAUAGUCGGAUCAUUUUUAAUAUGAAUAUUAAGACAGCAAAGAAGUUUUAGAAAAGUGAGUAUUAGAAUUUUGAAAUGUGUAGUUAUUAACUUUGCCUUGGCAGUUGUAUUUUGGAAGCUGUUGGAUUUGUUAAAAUUUCGCUGUAUUCUGUUGUUGGACAAAUUUUUGAAUGUUUUGUUAGGAAUUCACCUAAAGACACAUUUCACAUUCUAAAAUGUAACACGAGUGAGUUUUACGUAGGUUGCGUGUUACCUCUUCAACAUGUUUUUAGCAUAUGUGAGGAAAUACGUAAGUAACACUAGAAUAAUCACUUCCAGAAAUAUUUGGUUUCAGUUUUUACAGGAGUUAGGAAUAAUGGAAAACCAUACAGCAUCUUUUUAUUGUGAUGAAACCUAGUUUUAAAGAAAAUAUAAAAUGAACCAGCACUGAAUUAGGUAAAACAGCUGAUAGUGUACUUUCAUUGUAUGUCACACUGGCUUGUUUGCAUGCAAGUCUUACAAAUUUAAAUGUUAUAAACUUAACAAAUUGAACUUGUCAUCAGCAUAAUUCAGUCCUGCCAGCAUAAGAAGGGCUAAAUUUCCACAAUUUGUUUAGCACGUGUGUGUGUGUAUAUAUACCAGGUGAUUCAAAAAGGACUUUACAACUUUGAAA